GAGAGAGAGAGAGAGAGAGAGAGAGCAGACGGGAGCCAUCCUGCCCCCUGGAAGCCAUCUGGACUUGAAGGACUGACGUGUGCAGGACUGGGAUCUCCCUCUCUCCUAGUUGCCCCCACCGUCCUCUCUGGAACCUCCAAUGGUGACUGGUUCACUGACUGUUUCUGUCCCAAGGAAGAAGACUUUGAGACUAAGAGACAUUUCAGUUUGGACUCCAGUUUGUGCCCAGAAGUGAGAAAGUACAUGAUCAAAGGUUUGUCCCUGGCUGCAGCCCAGUCCCCAGCCCCAGCUCCCAAGCCUGGGCACCAUGUCUGGCUCCUAUGAUGAGACCACACCUUCCAUGGAGGAGAUCACAGACAGCUUCUGGGAGGUGGGAAACUACAAGCGGACUGUGAAGCGGAUUGAUGAUGGCCACAGGCUCUGCAAUGACCUCAUGAGCUGCCUUCAUGAGCGGGCGAAGAUCGAGAAGGCCUAUGCCCAGCAGCUCACAGACUGGGCCAAGCGCUGGCGCCAGCUCCUUGAGAAAGGCCCACAGUACGGCAGCCUGGAGCGUGCCUGGGGCGCCAUCAUGACUGAGGCCGACAAGGUAAGUGAGCUCCAUCAGGACGUGAAGAACAGCCUGGUCAAUGACGACUUGGAGAAGGUGAAGAACUGGCAGAAGGACGCCUACCACAAGCAGAUAAUGGGCGGCUUCAAGGAAACCAAGGAGGCUGAGGAUGGCUUCCGGAAAGCACAGAAACCCUGGGCCAAAAAGAUGAAAGAGCUGGAGGCAGCCAAGAAAGCCUACCACUUGGCCUGCAAGGAGGAGAAGAUGGCGGUGACGCGGGAGGCCAACAGCAAGGCGGAGCAGUCAGUUACCCCGGAGCAGCAGAAGAAGCUUCAGGACAAGGUGGACAAGUGCAAGCAGGACGUCCAGAAGACCCAGGAGAAAUAUGAGAAGGUGUUGGAUGAGAUUGGCAAGUCGACACCCCAAUAUAUGGAAGGCAUGGAGCAGGUAUUUGAACAAUGCCAGCAGUUUGAGGAGAAGAGGCUGGUGUUCCUGAAGGAGGUGCUCUUGGAUAUAAAGCGUCACCUUAAUUUGGCAGAAAAUAGCAGUUACAUCAAUGUGUACCGUGAACUGGAGCAGACAAUCCGGGGGGCUGACGCCCAGGAAGACCUCAAGUGGUUCCGAAGCACCAGUGGGCCUGGCAUGCCCAUGAAUUGGCCCCAAUUUGAGGAGUGGAACCCAGACCUCACCCAUACCAUCACCAGGAAGGAGAAACUGCCCAAGAAGAACGAGGGUGUGACUCUAACCAAUGCCUCCGGGGUGGUAGAGUCUAUGGCCCAGGCUGGGGACCGUGGCAGCGUCAGCAGCUAUGACCGGGGCCAGCCGUACGCCGCCGAGUGGUCUGAUGAUGAGAGCGGAGCUCCCUUCGGGGCGGGUGAGCCCAACGGGGGCGCCAACCCCUUUGAGGACGAUGCCAAGGGGGUGCGUGUCCGGGCACUCUAUGAUUAUGACGGGCAGGAGCAGGACGAACUCAGCUUCAAAGCAGGAGACGAGCUCACCAAACUGGGAGAAGAAGAUGAGCAGGGCUGGUGCCGAGGGCGUCUGGACAGUGGGCAGCUAGGCCUCUACCCUGCCAACUACGUGGAGUCCAUCUAACUGUGUCCCCGCGCCCGCCUCAUGCCUUUCCCAGACUCCGCGGCUCCUGAGCUCCCUCUCCGGCCCUUGCCAGCCCCUUUCUGUCUUCAGUCCUUUUUGAUCCAUCCUCGUCCGCAUCCAACCCAUUCUCCCUCCUGCCCCAGCUCCAUAGAGUACCAGACAUAUUUUCCAAUCAAGCUUUUAUUUUUUUAAAAGUCGUCUUGGGAAGAAAAAAAAAUAGAACAAAAAAAAAAGAAAAAUAUAGAAAAACCAGAAACAAGUAUUUACAAUAGUAGCAUAGAGUCGGGGCAGGGAAGGGGUAGAGUUGGGAAGUAAUCCUCCCACAGGUGAGGGGCCCCAGCCCCAGCCCGUGAUGUUGGUAAGGGGUCUUGGUCUUCACCAAAGAGGUCUGUCUCUCUGGGCCCUUCAGAAGUCUGGAAAGACCCCCUCCUCCAGAAUCUCUGACUCCCAUCCAUUGUCCUCAGGCUGGCUCUAGAAUGUCAGAGCUGGAAGGGAACAGAUGUCUAGUCUAGCCCCCUCUUUUUAGAGAGGAAGAAACUAUAGCUUGAAAAAGGAAAGUGACUAGUUUAAGGUUCUGUCACAGAGUAGCAACAGCUAAAAAAGCUCAGGAUUCCUGACUCCUCAACCCAGUGCUUUUUCUACUAGACCACACUGAUCUCUGAGAAUUCUUGUUCCCACCUUCUCUCCACUAUCCCUUUUCAAGGAUCUCUCUCUCUCUGUCUCUGUCUUUCUCUGUCUCUCUCCCCUGAUCCUCGACCCCGACCAUUUCUUCUCCAAAAGGACAGCCCACCCUCCCACCUCCCCUACAUCUUCUCCCAGAGGACUGCUGUCUGAGCAAGGUUUUGGCCUUUCAGUCUCUAAGUCUUCCACUGAGCUUUCUGAGGUGUUCCUAUUCUUACAUGUCCUUUUCUUAUGCUAUUCAGUCCCCUCCCCGUGGCCAUGGAAAAGGUGAGGAAGGAGAUGCAGGCGAAAGGCCUGGGGGGAGGGCCAGCAUGAACUCCCUACUUUCCAUAUUGGGGUAGGUGAGAAGUAGUAGCUCCCACAGAAUAAUUAUGGGGAGCUAAAGGUGCAGUCACUCCCAGCAAUGAGAGAUGGGGAAGUAAGGAUGCCAGAGCAUCUCCCAAUCAUGGCAAACUCUGAUCCAGGGCCUUUGGGAGACAGAGGGAACAGCCUUCUCCUUCCUGAGUUGUUGAGCUCAGCCCCUUGUCUUAGAAAGUGUCGUGGGAGAUGGGAUCCUGGUGUAGAAUCCAACUGGGAUUAUCCAUGUGGUGGCAGUGAGACACUGCAGAGCUGAGGGUGAGCCCUAACGUGGGUGGGUGGGUGGCCUUUCCCAGAGGUUCAGCCGCUCAGCAUUUCUUCAUGAUGAGAAGGGAAGAGUUGCUUCAGGGCAGCUAUCUUACCCCAGUCAUGAUUGCUGAUCUGGAUGCGAGGGGUCGUCCUUCUAAAUAUACCCUACACACAGAUACCUCACUCCCCAAAGUAAACACUUGCUGCAUUACUUUUAAAGACCCCAAAGGUCUGAAAAGGUCUAGCACCUUGCAGACAAAAUCAGCAACAGGAGCAAUUACUUUAUCAGAGAAGAUUCAGGAGGGGAAAAUUUAUCAUUUUUGACAUUUAGAAUCCAACUCUAUUUCUAGAUAUACCAUCUGGACCCCACUGUUUCUCUCCACUUCUGUAUAGUUUAUCCUUCCCUUUCCCUGUGUGGGUAUCUAAUAGGCAUUGUAGGGUAAGGGCUCUUCCCUAAAAGUUUGGGAUUGGGAGCCAUUUUUGAAAUCUCAGGUCUGUGGGGCUAUUGAUAAGGGGGAAUGGAAGGGAUUCCCAACCCUAAGUCCUCUUCAGCCUUCCCCCUUAUCCUUAGGAGAGCUACUCCUAGAAAUUAAGGUCACCCCCAGCCCGCAAACUGGUCCUUUACUGGACAGGAUUCCAUAUGACUCCCAAUGCAUUUAAAAAGAAGAAUAGACAAGUGAAAAGCAGCUUUUGUUAGUCUGAUCUCCCUGGAGUCUUCUUUUCCCCUCGAUUCCUUCAUUUUUACCUUGUCAGGGAAGUGACAUUUGUUUCCAUUCCGCUUCUCUCCCACCUUGGUCUGGGCAAGUUUGGUCCAUGGCCAGGUGAGCUCAGGAGACCUGGGGUAGAAGACUAGUGGACCUACAGACAAAAAUGGAAUUUCUUGCCAAAAUGGAAGGCAGGAGAUAGUAGACACAGAGGAUUCCAGUUCUUCACCUCCUCCUAACUGGGCAGCUACAAGGACACUUGGGAGAUUAAACUCCAUUCAAGCCAAUGCCAGAGCCCUGGAAUAGGAUGAGAGAAGACUCCCUGCCCCCAUCCAGAUCACCCUCUGAGGUGCAGAGAGCAGAGUGGUGGUGGUGAAGGCUGUCCUGGUGACCCAUGUUUGUAGGGUCCCAUGGCUGGUCUCCCAAGGGAGCUGAUACCAAAGGAUACAGCACCAGGUGAGGCUUGAUUUUAGCAGCUCUCCUCCUCCUCCUAGAGCCUGCUAAUAAGCAGAAGUCAAUUCUAGCAGCAUCAAGAUUCUUUAUUCCUUAAUCUGAUUAUCCCUUCCCCAUUUAUUGCUGCUAAAGCCUAAGGAAGUAUGAGUCAGUAGAGCUGUGGAAGUGGAAUUUGAAACUCAGGACAGUGGAUAAGUGCCCUUUUCUCAGCCAGUAAGAAUUUCCAGCAAAAAGAGUAAUUGGAUAAUUAAUUUUUUUGCCUCCAGAUGCCUUGACUUUGUCAUUCUUCUAGAACCAACACUGAAGCUUUAACUCCCAGACUCUUCAAGUCUUUGAUGCCCAGUGACAAUGUCCUGAAAUGGGCCUAAUUAGAGUCUGACCUCUUCCUAGGGUCAAAGGCAACCACCCACUAAGUGGACACCUGUCCCCACAAAUCUUCCCACUUCCUCUCUCACCCUUGAUGCAGCUUUAGACUUCUACUCUAAUUUGAGAUGGUCCUCUGUAAAACUCAAAACAUUAUUUUAGGAAACCUCCAGUGUUGCAUAAACUCCCCAUCUUCACCCAUCUGAAUAAGCAAAAAAAAGAUCCAGGAAUCCUUCCAUCUCCCAAGGUUGUUGUGAGGAUCAAAUGGGAUAAUCAUUAUUAAAGCACAGUGCCUGGCACUUAGGAUAGUAAAUGAUAUAUAAAUGCUAGCUAUUAUAGUCCAACUCUCCUGGUUAUUCCUAAAGCCAAUUAGGACAGUGGGGCUCUGCCUCUGCCUCUUGUUUUUUUCCUUUCUUCCUGGCUUCCCUAUACUCAUUCUCAAGGAAACAGUAGGCCGCUUCUCCACCUUAGGACAUGGGUACCACUCCCUCUUCAUGACAGGCCUGGAAAUGGUCCUGUGGUUAGGGAAGGGAGGAGGUUGGUGCUUUGCCCAAUAUCUCAGUCUCCCUUUUUUCUUUCUGCAGUGGAUACCAACCUAGCCAUGCCUUCUCUCUUGCCCAAGGACGUGUUUUGGGGCCUCCAUCCCUUCUAACUGCUGAGAAGUCUCUUACCUCCACACUGUCCCAGAACUUCCAUAUCAGCCUUUUUUGGCUUUUCUGGGACUUUGGAGUUGGCCUCUACCCCAGAUGUGCCCAAUCUAAAGGACAUUUGCAAGGAGAUGUGAGAUCAGUGGUGGUUUCCUAUGGCCCCAUAAUACACACAUCCACAAACACACACGCUGUGAUUGACUGGAUAAAAACCAGAAAUCUGUUGCUGUCUCUUGGACCUUACCUUAAUUUAAAUAUCCUCCACUCCUGGGGUCCUAGAGACCUGACAUUCAGAAUCUGAUUGCCAUCAUGGGGCAAGUCCACAGAGAAAAAAGGUGGUACUGUAGAAAAAGUGCUGGCCCAGGAAUUCAGGAAAUCCUAGUUCUUGUCUCAAUUUCUGCCAAGAACUCGCUCGGCAUUCCCAGCGUUUGCUAGACAUUGGUUUUUGUUCCGGAAGAGGAGGGGGUUGGUCUGGUGGGUCCCUUCCAGCUUUAGCAUCCCAUCAUCUCCAGGACCAUCAGAGACUGGAAGACCUCUCAGGGCAGGAGACCGUUGGAAACAAGAAGUGCCAGUGAGGUCAGACUUGUGGCCACCCAGCAGCUGGGCUCAAGUAUCUGAAGAACUGGCUUUUGGGAAAGGGAGUAGAACAGGGGAUAAUGGAUAGAAGCUGAAAGAGAGAGCAUUUCUAGCUCCGUGAAAUCAGGAAAAGCUGCCUAUCAAUUAGGUCCACUCUGGAAUUGGGCUGCUGAAGGAAAUAGUGAGUGUUCAGGUACUACUCAGGUAGUGAGUGUUAUUUAUUGGAGUGUUCAAAUAUUUCAAAUAUUCAGGGAGACAUUAGAUGACCUCUUUUGCAGAAUAUUGUGGGGGAGGGAGUUUAUUCAGGCAGAAAUACAACUAGAGGCCUCUGGAGCCUCUGCCAACUCUAAGACUUGUUCUGGGAUUACCAGGGACUAAGAGCAUUUGGAAAAGGUUUCAUGGAGGAGAUAGAGGGACAGAGAAGUGAGACCUGCACAGGCAAGGCAGGGAUGGAGGCUGUGGGCUGGAACUUUGGCAGGCUGUCUUCCCAAGGCUUGGCAUUUGUCCUUAUAUUGCCAUAAUCCUGUUCUCAUGGGGAGACUGUGGGGACUUCUUGGCCACCCCCUACUCCAACACUUCCCUCCCCUUCCCAGUUCCCCACACCUGUCCCACAGGUUCUUCCCUUAACUCUGUUCCUUCCAUCCCAAUUAAAGCAAAACAAAUUCCCAGGUCAGAGCCAGGGCCAAAUCCAUAACCACACCAUGCAUUAAAGGUAAAGAGGCAAUGGGAUAGAUUUGGAAUCAGUAUUGGCUGUAGUCCCAGUCUGCUGCUUAUUAUUGGGCAAGUUAUUUUCCCUCCUCUAAAUUCAGUUUCCUCCUUUGAGAUAGGGAAGGGUUGACUCAUUAUAUUAGGUUUUAUUGUCUUUUUUUAAUCUGUCUCAACCCCUACCCUCCAAAUUGAGCAGGGAAGCCUGGUGUCCUUGUCCUGGGUAAAACUGUUUCUUAUGACAAAGUUCUCCAAAUGGUGGGGUGCCUCGUGCUGUUUCUGUACCUGUUGGGAACUCCCUCCCCAGCUAAGCUCCAGGGACAGGAGCAAAGAAGGCUUGGGGUGGGGUGAGGUGGGAUGGGGUUAGGGUGAGAAGGAAACUGGAUCCAGAGAUAUGGUUGAUCAGAGUAUGCAGUUCUUUCACUAAUAUAAAGUCCUAAUUCUAAAAGUCUCUAGUUCUACAAUUCAGUGAUAUGUCCCAUGAGUUGUAACACUGUUGUUCUCUCUAUGGAUGAAUGGGGGGGUAAAGGACGUAAAGAGGUGGGUUUCAGAGAGCCUGGCUUUAGUCAGCCUGAGAAGAAUCCUAGCCCAGCCUCCAACUAGAGAGGAGCAGUUGGUUAGGGAGACAGGCCUUUUAUCUGAAUUAAAAACUCACUGGAACAAAUAGGGUUUCAAGCUGUGUGGUUCUGGGAGAAAACAGGCGAACCCAAUGUAUAUUAACACCCUUCCCUCCUCUUCCUCUGUUCCACUUCCCACCAAACCUCAUAAGGUUCUCUUCAUGGUCAACUCUGAGGUCCUAGAACAGGACCUGGUGAACAGAUAUAAUGGCUCAAGGACAUCCCAUUGCUGUUUCAUCAUAGUCUGAGUUUGCAUCUUUAUCCAACCUGCCUGUCCCCUCUCCUCUCUCUGUCCAACAGAUAUAAUAGAGGGGAAGGAUCCCAGGUCCCAAACAAACCCCCUGACCCCUUGACAACUCCCAAAUCUAUGAAUAAAGACAAAACUAUUUUA